AACUUAAUAAACAAGAAGACCCGCAAACUUAAGAAUUUAACCACACUUUUUGAAAUGAAGCGUUUAUCAGAAGAAAGGACAAAACUUUUAUUUGAAAAAUUAUCCAAAUAUAUUGGACCCAAUGUGAAGCUACUAAUAGAACGUCCAGAUGGAGUAUACUGCUUCAGGGAGCAGAGAGACAGGAUCUAUUAUGUUUCAGAAAGGACCCUGAAACUAGCAAAUACCAUUCCUCCAGACAAUUUGAUCUCCAUUGGUACCUGCUUCGGCAAAUUCACAAAAUCCAAUAAGUUCAAGCUACAUGUUACUGCAUUGAACUACCUUGCCCCUUAUGCACAAAGUAAAAUAUGGUUGAAGCCAUCUGCAGAACAACAAUUUUUGUAUGGCCAUCAUGUUCCUAAAUCUGGAUUAGGAAGAAUAAGUGAAAGUACAGAGAAAUAUCAAGGAGUAGUGGUAUACAGCAUGUCAGAUCUACCUUUGGGAUUUGGUGCUGCUGCUAGGUCAACCGCAGAGUGUAAACAUGCUGAUCCUUUGACAACAGUUUGCUUCCAUCAAGCUGAUAUUGGGGAAUAUAUCAGAGCAGAGGAGGAAUUAUUAUGAUUUUAUGUUUUUUUAUAUGUAUUUUUUUUGCUUUAUGUGCAACCCUGUAAUAUUUUCUCUAUAUUCCUAAAUAAAAGUGAUAUCAAAAGUUGAUUGAAAUGUUUUAAUUUCUGGUAUCAAAAUAAAUGUCUGUUACAAAAUUAAUGUGUUCUGAGACUUAUUCUCCUAUUCCCUGAUCUCUUUAGGGACAGGGCUCUCAUAGCCUUCAUCAAGAAAUGAAUACUUUGUGUAUAUCAAAAUACUUUACUCUGAAAAUUUCAAAGGUGACAUCAAGCAAAUUUUCAGUUUUCCAUGCUCUGCAAGAGAGGCACAGCAUCUUCUUCAUCAGACUGGAAUUUCUUGUCUAGUCUGCCUGAAAAAUAA